AUGUCGCUUGUCUCAGGACCUAAUCGGCUUUCCGGUUUGUCAACCAGAAGCCGUAGCGACCAUCUCAUCAUCAUGAAGGCCAUUGUGGUGGCCGGAACGCACAGCGGUGUGGGCAAGACGAGCGUCGCUGUGGGGCUCAUGGCCGCCUUCCGCAGGCGAGGUCUCCGCGUGCAGCCGUUCAAAGUUGGACCCGAUUUUCUGGACCCCAUGCACCAUCAGGCGGCUACAGGGCGAGACUCGUACAACCUGGAUGGGUGGAUGCUCAACAGGGAGGCCAAUGUGGCAUGUUUCACUCGCUUUGCAGCCUCCACUGACGUGGCAGUAGUGGAGGGCGUGAUGGGGCUAUUCGACGGUCGAGAUGGCAAGACAGAGGUCGGCAGCACAGCAGAGAUGGCCAAGAUCAUAGGAGCCCCGGUUGUCCUCGUUUUAGACUGCUGGUCUAUGUCUAGAAGCGCUGCGGCCAUGGUGCACGGUUACGCGUCCUUCGACCCGUCAUUGCGGUUUGCGGGGAUUAUUUUGAAUAAGGUUGCCAGCGCAGCACAUGCCACGUGGUUGACUGAGGCGCUAGAAUCAGCACACGUCAGAGUUCCCGUCCUAGGUGGCAUCCCGAAAUCUGCUGACGUGGAGAUGCCAGAGCGCCACCUGGGACUGCACCGGCCGGGGGUGGAAGCGGACGGGGUGCCAGCUCAGCACGCCGAGCGGCUGGCGAUGCUGAUUGAAGCCCACGUGGACCUGGACAGGCUGUUACAGCUCGCAGCUGACGUGGCAGGGGCGCCGACGAUGGGGCUUGGGGGAGGGGAGGGAAGUGUGUGCGGGGGGGAGGAUGUUGAGGGGAGUGUGGUGGGUGGAGGAGGGAGUGUGGUGAGUGGGAUGGGAGGAGUGGGAGGGGGAGAGUAUGGUGGAUCGUCGGCCAAUGAGCUGCCGCCAUUGUCGAUGCCGCCCGGCAUGAAGCUUGCUCGCAUUGGAGUGGCGAGAGACGAAGCCUUUUGUUUCUACUACCAUGACAAUUUGUCGCUUCUGAGAGAGGCGGGAGCAGAGAUUGUCUUCUUUUCGCCGCUUACCGACCCCAUGCCACACCGCCUUGACGCGGUCUACUUUGGAGGGGGCUACCCCGAGCUGCACGCGGCUGCUCUGGCUGCCAACACCAAGCUGGUGUAUGCGCUGCGGGCGUUUGCUGCUGCUGGCGGGGUGGUGUAUGGCGAGUGUGGCGGGCUCAUGUACCUGUCGAGGAGUAUCGAGACGAAGGAGGGUGAGGUGCACGAGAUGUGUGGGCUGCUGCCGUUUCGCACGCGCAUGGUCUCUACCCUCAAGCUUGCCUACUGCACGGUGCGUCCCCAGCCCAACUGUGUGCUGUUUCCGGCCGAGCUGGGCGAGCUGAGAGGGCAGUUCUUCCACUUCAGUGAGGUCGUGCUGGACGAUGGCUCGUUCCAUGGCGACCAGCUGGAGUUCGGGUGA